UGCCCUUCAGAUCAAGCAUUUACAAACAACAGAUCUGACUUGUUUAUAGUCAAUUAAAAAAGUUCAUAUAACAAAAUGGCAGGUCGCGUAGCCCUCUGUUCCGCCGUGAUGGCGUUAUACGUGAUCGGAGUGGCGAUCGGAGAGAAGACGUGUACUGAGGGUAUGGAUGAAGAAACGAUAGAACUAGCCAAGAUGUUAAGAGACAACUGCGGGGAAGAAAGCGAAGUAGACAUGGGGUUAAUCAACAAAGUGAAUUCUGGAGCCGACCUGAUGCCGGACCCAAAGUUGAAAUGCUACAUGAAAUGCGUGAUGGAGACCGCCGGCAUGUUGGACGACGGAGACGUGGAUAUAGAGGCGACACUCGAGCUGCUGCCCGAGCCCAUCAGGAAGAAGCAUGAGCAUAUUGUGCGCUCCUGUGGCUCCAAGAGAGGCGCCGACGACUGCGAGACAGCCUUCAACACACAGUCGUGCUGGCAGAAAAUGAACAAGGCGGAGUACUGCUUAAUCUAGGUUUGUAAUUAAGUGAAUUCACAUUUGCCACAAAGUGAUUUAAUAAUUAAAGUAAUUAUUUAUUA